AUGGCGGACGAACAACCUGCACAACAGCCACCGGCUACCGAUACCAAGGACUUGCACACCGACCCAGUCACCGGCGAGAAAAUCUCCAAGAGUGAACUGAAGCGUCGCCAGAAGCAGCGCGAGAAGGACGAGAAGAAGAAGGAGAAGGAGGCGUCGCUACCUGCGCGGCCCAAGAAGGAGAAGAAGGACGACGUCGAGGAAUUGAACCCAAACCAAUACUUCGAAAUCCGGUCUAACAAGAUCAACGCUCUCCGCGCCUCCAAGCAACCCAACCCGUACCCGCACAAGUUCCACACCAACUACAAGCUCGCCGACUAUGUUCGCGACUACUCGCACCUCAAGAAGGGAGAGACUGAGCCCGACAAGGAGAUUCGCAUCGGUCUCCGCGUCAUGACACAGCGCUCUGCCUCCAACGCGCUGCACUUCUACGUUUGCAAGGCUGAGGGUGUCAACAUCCAGGUCAUGUGUCAAUUGCAGGAAGCCAAGGCCGACGUGCCCUUCGAGAAGCAGCAUGAGAACAUCCAGCGCGGAGACAUCAUCGGCGUCAUCGGAUACCCAGGUCGCACCAGCCCCAAGAAGGGUGGUGAGGGUGAGUUGAGCAUCUUCGCGCGCGAGGUGAUCCUUCUCACACCUUGCUUGAGGAUGUUGCCGACGGAGCACUUUGGCUACAAAGACCAGGAGCAACGUCACCGCAACCGAUUCCUCGAUCUCAUCAUGAACGACUCAACACGCAACACCUUCAUUACUCGGAGCAGGAUCAUCAAGGCCGUCCGCAAGUAUCUCGACGAAAGGGACUUCUUGGAAGUUCAGACACCUAUGAUGAACAAGAUUGCUGGUGGUGCGACCGCGCGACCAUUCAAGACAUACCACAAUGAACUCGACAUGGAGCUUUACAUGCGUAUCGCGCCUGAGCUAUACCUCAAGGAGCUCGUAGUGGGAGGUCUGGAGAGGGUAUACGAGAUCGGCCGUCAAUUCCGUAACGAGGGUAUCGAUCUUACCCACAACCCCGAAUUCACCACCUGCGAAUUCUAUAUGGCGUACGCCGACUACAACGACGUCCUGAACAUGACCGAGGAGCUCGUCAGUGAGCUGGUCAAGGAGGUCACAGGCGGUUACGAGACCGUCUACCACACUCAGAGCGGCGAGGUCUACAACGUCAACUGGGCAAGGCCAUGGAGGCGAGUCGAGAUGAUCCCGGCAUUGGAGGAGGCCACCGGCGAGAAGUUCCCACCAGCGGAUCAGCUACACACUGCCGAGACCAACGAGUUCCUCAAGAAUGUACUCAAGAAGGUCAAGGUCGACUGCUCAGAACCUCGCACCAACUCAAGAAUGAUCGACAAGUUGGUUGGUGAGUUCAUCGAGGAGACUGCUAUCAACCCUACAUUCAUUAUCGGUCACCCCGAGGUCAUGUCGCCACUUGCUAAAUACCACCGCGAUAUUCCUGGUCUUUGCGAACGUUUCGAGGCCUUUGUAUGCAAGAAGGAGAUCUGCAACGCUUACACUGAGCUUAACGACCCCUUCGAUCAGCGUCUGCGAUUCGAAGAGCAAGCGAACCAGAAGGCGGCCGGUGAUGACGAAGCACAGCUCAUUGACGAGACCUUCUGUCAGUCGCUCGAGUACGGUCUGCCACCCACUGGUGGUUGGGGUAUGGGCAUCGACCGUCUGGUCAUGUUCUUGACCGACCACUACUCCAUCAAGGAGGUGCUCACCUUCCCCUUCAUGAAGGACAUUAUUGAGGUCAAGACGCCCGCAGCGGAGGUCGUCGAUGUAACGCCCAAGCCCACCGAAGGCAUUCGUAAGUCCAUCUUAGUCUGA